UAUUUUUCUAGCAAAUAACGGUUGAUAUGAUCAAAGAAACGAUGUUAAUGAAUCAAGACGCAAAAGGUUUCAUACUGGUCGGGUUCCCGAAGAAUCACCGAAUGUCGAACAUAUUCAAUCGGCAAGUUAAGUGGCCUGAGAAGAUCGUCGCUUUGGAAGUUGAUAACGAGGUUGCAACAACGAGGCUACAGAACAAGUUGUCAGAGCUAGGUCGACCGGAGUCGGAGAUCAAUGCGGCGAAACAGAUCGUCAAGGAAGCUGCGCACAAAGUCAAGAAUGUUCACAAGCGGUUCGGCAGCCAUGUUGUUACGUUGGACAGCAGUGGGAACCCUAAGAUCCUGGCUUCAACGCUAAAAGAAAUACUAUCUGAUACCAUUGAAAAAAGUAAAAAGUCAGAAGCGAAACUAUCCAGUCCUGCAUCAGCUCCAACAUUUGUACCAAAUUCACCAACAGCCAAUACUCCAUCAGCCAAUGUUCCAACAGCUGAUGCGCCAACACCUAAUAUUCCGAUACAAUCUGAAGUCACAGUUGAAGCGAUAUAAUUUUUAUAGUGCUGUGUUAGUUGUGAUGUAUUUUAAAUUUUGUUAUAAUAAAUGUUACUUUAUAUAUAUAUACCUAGUCUUUCUUUCUAGAUCUUUCUACUUCUAAAAUGCAGUAUAAAAAAGAUAAUGCUAAAUA